AAAUAAAUUACCAGGAAAUAGUACGGGGAAGCGUACGAUAAAUAAAAAAGAAGAAAAAAAAAAUCAAUUGACAUUCGCAGUCAUGGAUACGAUCAUGAUGGAUGUGGAUAGUGACGAAGCACAUAGUGAAUCUCGUGAAAGAGAUCUCAUCAAAGCUAUUCGUUCGCUCGACCAGACGGGACCGGGAGACCAAGGCCAACACCUCGAGAGUAUAUGGACUCUUUUGACCUCCAUCAGCUCGAGCAACUACUUUGCCGCCGAGGAAAGCGUCCUACGAUGGCUCCUCAAAUCCAUGAAACCGAACAACGACACCGCCGAGACCCUACGCCGCUUCCCCUUGACGUGGCGCAUCCUAGGCUGCACAUUUCAGCGCAUCCCCCUCUUCUCCCUGGCCAAGUCCCUAGCCGAUCGCAAGUUCAUGGCUAUUUUGCAACAGACGCUCGUGGCCGUCGCCAAGCCCAACGAGGACAGUUCCCGAACCUCCGAGUCGAGUAACAAGAGGAAACGGACACCCACCUACACAUUUCAACUCGAUAGCUUGAAGAGCCGAGAGGGAUGCAUUGCCACCGGGGAAGCCAUAUUGGAUGCACUCCGGGUGCUCCUGGACAGACUGGACCACACGUCGUCACUUGGCUUGAACGAAAAGAUGGGCGCAGAACACAUCAAGGCGCUCUUCUCACAACCGGCAAGCGAGAUGGUGACAUACCUCGCGCCUGUCCUGACCCUGUGCGACCUUUCGACGACGGCGACGACGAGCCAUCUCGACUUGACCGAGUCCCAGAGGACGUGGAUCCAGACCCUCUCGACGGUGUGGAAUCUCCGGCUGCAGGGCCACGCCGAUGCCCUCGAGGCGGCCAUGUUCCUAUCGCGUCCCGGGUUCGGGCUGCUGGGGAAACUCGUCGGCCUGGCACAGGACGCGCACCCAUCGCUGGACGACCGGGUCAAGGCCACAUGGGCCGAACAGCUAGAGUCGUUCAUGCAUCGCAACCUCAUGCUACCGGCCAAGUCGGCCUUCUUGAACCGGCGCGACUUGGAGAUCCCCACGACUGCCAUCGACGUCUCCAAAGCCAUCUCCGCGGUUUCCGUCCCCGUUUUCUUCCGCCUGGCAACGAGGGCCCCUCGCAUCUUUGGCGGGGUCACCGCCUCCAAAGCGGAAGGGGAAUGGACGGAGGAGACCUUCAAGCUGGCGUAUCGGCGGUUGAACAAACUCGAGCCGCCGCAGCUCACGUCUUCCCUGGUGAGGAUACUACUGCAGGAUGCCAUCGCGACCGGUUCUCAGAUUCGGCUCCAAGACUUGCGGUCCAUCUGCGAUGCGCAUGCUCUCGGCGAUGACGACGCCACGGGCUGGCAGCUCCUCUCGCUCAUCGCACAAUGCGACCCGGAUGCCUUCCUCUUGACGGACAAGGGGGAACGCCUCUUUGCUACGGUUGCGGAACGGCUCUCGCAAGAUCGCAGCGGCACCAUACGAGCCCAGGCCGACGAAGAAGCUGUAAAGCAGUUCCUAGACGCCAUCAUUGGCGGUUUCGAGAAGGCCCGCGACCUGCCCGGGUUCCUCAAGAGAUGGUAUACCCAGCUAACCCAAUGUGACCGUUCGCUGGUUCUACAACCGGAGAAGCGACCGGUUUGGUUCACGGACGCGGUUCAUCGGAAUUCUCGUCUCACCCACCUCAUCAAGACGUCGUCCAUGACGCCCAAACAGUUGCUGAACGUUCUGCAAUGGGUCAAGGAGCAGGGAGACGGCGUUCCUGAAGCCAAGUUGAUUUUCCUCGAUACCAUCGCAUCCUCCGCCACCGACGAGGACUUCUCCGACGUCGUCGGGCCCAAGAUUUUCGACCUUGUUGAGACGGUAUGGUCGUCGGCGCAUUUACAGGGCGAUCUCCAGUCUUUGCGAUGGCCCAUCCUGGCCAAGACCGUGUCGUGGGCCGAUUUCGCGAGCGCGAACAAGAUGCAGACGCUUAUCAGCCCCGAGCUGAAAAGGGUCUUGUCGAAACAGCCGCUCGAUCACCCCGAUACCUUUCGAGCCUUCCAAUGUGCGACGACGAUAUGGCUGGCGUCUUACCCGGAUGGUCCCAAUGAGCCCAGUCUCUCGGAUCUGCUUGCUUCGUUCUCGGAGCGUCUGGCAGAAUACGUCCAGUCAGUCGACCCCAGUUCUCCGGGAGGUUCAUGGGAUCCCUCAAAGGCACAAACGCGGUGGCGGCAAAAGCCUCCGCUUGACGAUUCCCAGCCCGCAGCGGCAUCGUAUGUGGAUUUCUCUCUGGGAGCGGCGUCUCGGCUAUUGCCACUGCUUUCCAGAAAGUCCUCUUCCCUCCCGACAUUCCUGCAGCGCAUCCUCGCCAUCCCUCCAGCCCAUGACGCCUCUUCUUCUUCUUCUUCUUCUUAUUCUGGUGAGCGCUUGACCAGUGCUCUGAACGCCGUCUUUGCCAACGAGACCACCCAUCACGAGACGGAGUUUAUCGGCAAAGUCGUGGACUAUGUCAUCGACACGCUGGAAUUCCAGUCGAAAUCGGCCGGCUGGGACGAUGCCCGGCCCAGGGCCGCGCUGAGGUCGCUAACCGGUGUGCCGGACGAACUGCUAUCCAGGCAGCAGAGGGAGCGCAUCAUGGAAACACUGCAUGGACAGAGGCGCAAGAUGAAAGCGAAGGCUGCGGUAUCGCCGUCCACCUGGGCUUUGGUCCUGGGACUGAUGGUCAAGGUGAUGAGACGGCCAACGUUCUACUCCGGGAUGGCUUUCAAACACCUCACAUCGCUUGCGAGCAGUGUCGCUUCGUCCGUUUCUCACUCUCGCUCGAUCCAGACCCUGGGAAUGGGCCGACUUGUUCACGACGUCUCCCUUGCGACGUUGCGCCAGAUGAACGACCACUUUGACGAAUGGGGCUCGGCGUAUUUCACCAAAGCGAAGCGAUACGUCUUGGACGCUGACGCGACGGACGGCGACGCGCAGAGCGCUCUCCACAUUCCCAUCUUCAAGGCCCUCGUCUCGGUGGUAUCGUCAUCGCCACACUUUACGGGAGAUGAGGCCCCGGUCCGUCCUGAUGCCGUGCAGCUACGGCUAGCCCAGAUGGUCAAGCGGCCUCUCGACGACUAUGCUGGCGGCUGGCGGUCUUCCAACGAGAACAACACGCAGAAGAAGGCGCAGAUCAACGAUCUUCUCCUCGCCGUUGACGCCUCGGAGACCUUGACUCCGGAACUGCUCCGGAAGACCAUCGAACCCGAGGUUACAGCAGAGUUGGAGGCGGCCAGUCAACAGAGCAUCUCGAGGGGACACCUCAGGGGCUGGAGACUCCGGACUUUCUUGAUCAAGAAUUUCCCUGGCUAUCUGGGCCAACCCCGGCCGACGGAUUUUGACAAGCUAUUUGACCUCGACCGGGAAGGGGGUGGUGUCUCUGCCGAGGAGGGUGACGAGGUGCCUGAUCCCGUUGGGGCGACUAACCCCCAGGAGACCCUGGAGGCUUGCGUUGACGCCAUCGUUGCCAACCUCGAUCAUGCUCAACGACUGCAGUAUAUCGAAAAGCUGAUCGAGGUGAUGCGCACCGCGCCGGUGGCGGAUGGCCACUUGCUAGCCAUUCGCCGUAUCGUCAGCCAAAUGGAUGACGACCCCAAGUCUUCCGAAACCUCAACCUCCUUCGAUCUAGCUACAGCCCACAGCAGGCUGACAAAGUACCUCGCCGAGACAAGGACCCCCAGGGAGUUCUCCCGCUGCGCCGAAGUCUUGCACUCACUCCUCGACACGAAAGCAACCUCCAUGAGCCAGUGGAACAUUGAAACAACCAUGAGCGCGAUCUCCGUCGUGGCCGCCAACCGGGCAAAAGUCCACCUAACCUCGUCGGCCGCCGUCUUCACGAGCCUCUGCAAGCUAGCCAGCAUCGUCAUCAGGAGACACCGACUACGGCUGGACGACCACUACCACAUCCUCCUCACGGCCCUGGAAUCGCUCCUCCGCGCCUUGGUGCAUAACACGAGCCGUCGGUCCAGGGGCAACACCACCGCCGCGAACCACAACCGUAGCAACAACAGCAGCAACAACAGCAGCAACAACAACAACAACAAUGGCUCGCUCCUCAACGCAAAGCACGCAGCAAUGUACACCCGCCUCGUAACCCUCGUCACCGAACCCUCCGCCGCAUCCGUGUCCCGGGCACAGUACGUCGGGGCGCUGGACUCCGCGACCGACGCGGCGAAGAGGGUCGCGGGCCGGCACGUGUAUCUCCUGCUGGUGCAGUACGUCAAGCUGCAGCUGGAGCUAGAUAUCCCGCGCGACGUGCAGGAGGCGCUGGAGCCGGGGAUGUAUAGCAUCUUCGACGUGACGCCGCCGCCGGUGAGGAAGAUCUUGAACGAUGCUAUGGAUGCGAGUGGACGGGCCAUCUUGAGGGAGAUGUUCAAGCGGUAUACGCAGUUUGGCAAGUGGAGUGGCGUUUAGACGUAUGGUAGAGGGGAGGCAUGCUAUACUUACCCCUGAAGCCUGCAGGAGCAUAUAGAGUGAAUAGCUUGGACGUUGUCGAGUGUGGAAUGAUACCCCUUUUUCCUCGACGAUAUGACCCCUGACUACCACACCACCACCACCACCACCACGACACGACCACAGACUUCACAAUAUAGUUGAACGAACAAAAAGCACCGUUUUAUUUCUCUCCGUCCAAAAGAGGACAAAACAGCCAAUGCAAUAGCGUCGCAGUCACCAGACCCGGGGGGGUUAUAUAAAACAACGACAUCCCCCCCAUGCCGGCACCGCGAAGCUGGAUCGAGGAGGUUCCAGGUCCAAAUCAGCAGUUCCUCCAUUGCCCCCUUUCUUUCCCCUGUACC